AUUCUUACUAUAGAAAACUCUUGAAUUCCUUGUAGAUAUCGCUUCUUAGUCUUUGACAAGCCACGUCCACAAAACCCGCGAGUGCUCUCAACGUGCCUCAAGGAGGACACGCCCACCACUGCUUCAUUCAUUGCACCGACAUGUCCUUCCAGCUAACGCUGUUUUCCAUGCUUUUCCUGUUAAUUGCCGUAGUCGUCGGGCAACCAAUUCAGUCACAAAAUGGUGAUUUGAAAAUGCAAGCCGUUCAGGACAACUCACCGUUGAAUAUGGAGGCGUUCAACGACGAUUCGGCAUUGUACGACUAUCUUGAGCAGUCGGACCCUUCUCUCAAGAGCAUGGAAAAGAGAUGGGCGAAUCAAGUGAGGUUCGGUAAGAGGGCAUCUUGGGCCAGCUCAGUCAGGUUCGGAUAACCGGCUUUGCACAAUUUUGACGGUCAGACAUGGUUCAAUACACCUCAAACAAAUUGCGCACAUCAAAUCAGACUUCAGACGACAAUCAGCACACCUUCCUUCUUUCUGUCCAUCCUGUCCUUUUAUAUACGUUUUACCUUCUCCGUCUAUACAAAUUCUGUCACUUUUGGAUUAACUCGCUUUUAUUCUCAUUACUCAAUUCGAUUCCAUUAUUCUUUGUAUUGUCAAAAAUUUAGCAAUAAAGUUUGCGACUUGUUAAA